AUGUCCGUCUUCCGCCCCUCAGCACACGCCCUCAUAACAGGCGGCGCAUCCGGCGUCGGCUACGCCGUCGCCCAACUCUGCCUAAAACACUCCAUGCGCGUCUCCAUCGUCGACUUCAACCAAUCCUCGCUCGAAACCGCGCGCAAGAACCUCUCCGGCGAUGUAAAAUGCAUCCAAGCAGAUGUGUCAUCCCGCUCGGACUGGAACUCUAUCCGCCAACAAGUCGGCACCGACGUCGAUUUCCUCAUGCUGAAUGCGGGCAUUGGCGGAAAGGGAACGUGGGGUGAUGAAGACUAUUUUGAUAAGAUUCUGGCUACGAACCUAGGGGGUGUGGUGAAUGGUUUGAAUGCGUAUGUUCCGAGUUUCAAAGAGAGGGCGGGGAAAGAAGGGGAGGGGAAGAGCGCGAUCGUGAUUACGGGAAGUAAACAGGGUAUCACGAACCCGCCUGGUAAUCCCGCGUAUAAUGCUAGUAAAGCGGCUGUGAAGACGUUGGCUGAGCAUUUGAGCUACGAUCUCAAGGACACCAGUGUUGGGGUGCAUUUGUUGGUUCCGGGGUGGACGUUUACUGGGCUUUCUGGGAAUGAGCCGGGCUCGACGAAACCGAAACCAGAAGGUGCAUGGUCUGCUGACCAAGUAGCAGACUACAUGUACGCCAAGAUGCAGGCCAAGAAAUUCUACAUCAUCUGUCCUGACGACCAGGUCACGGAGGAAACGGACAAGAAGCGCAUGUUGUGGAGUGUAGGCGAUAUUGUGAAUGAGAGACCGCCACUGACGAGGUGGAGAGAAGAAUACAAGGACGAGGCUGAGAAGUGGAUGGCGGAGCAGAAAGUGUAG